AGGCACAUACCAAUGAAGAUGGCGGCGGUGGGGUCCGCCAAAUCCACUGGACCGGGGCAGAGAAGCAAAAGCAGGCCCGGCGCGCUCUCCACUCCACUGUCUCUAGAGGAGGCCCGGUGCCCGGUGUGCUCGGAGAUACUCCUGGAGCCGGUCACGAUGCCGUGCGGCCACUCGGUGUGCCUGCAUUGUUUCCAGCGGACGGUGAAGUUGAUCAGCCUGUGCUGUCCGCUGUGCCGGCUGCGAGUGUCCAGCUGGGCCCGUAAACAGUCCCGGGAGAAGAGCCUGGUCAACGCCGAACUGUGGGAGCUCGUCCGGCUUAGCCACCCGGAGCGGUGCAGGCGAAGGAUGGAGCAGCGGGACGGAGAGAUCCCGGACGGGGAAAUCUUUCGUGCGCCUGAUCCCGUUCAUAAGGCUGGAGAAAUGCGUCAAGAGUACGAGAAGCAAAAGAUGAAGAGUGGACGCAGUGAAGAAACUGAUGAAAGAAAGAAAAAAAUGCAUAUGAAAGAAGAGUGUGUGCUGCUGAAACAUUGUCAAUAUCCUUUUUGUGGAGUGUCCGACUCUGAGAAUGAAGAGCCGGUAGGAAAGAGGACCAGACACGUUUCAGCAUUUGUACGAAAAACAAGAUGCUCCCCUGCCUUCAAUAGAGGUUGUCUUCAUAGCAGUGCUGCUCAGAGGAGCAGGAGUUGUACAGAUUCUGAAGAUGGAAGAGGAAAAAGCAGAGGUCACACAACUCAGGCUGUUCCUGAUAAGGCUAACAUCGCUCAUAGUUACAACGCUGGAAUCCUCCUCUCCUCUGAGAACAGCCGGUCCUUCUCAGCCCCUGUGCUCAGUCUAGAUAAGAGACACCUAUGGCGGGGCAUCCACACCUCAUCUGCCACCCUUGUGCUUCAGACAAAACCAGAGAGGUCCAUUAGCCCCGAGAGCAACGACAGCAUAUCGGAAGAACUCAACCAUUUCAAGCCUAUCGUCUGCUCACCGUGCACUCCGCCCAAAAGGUUACCCGAUGGACGGCUCUUGGAACCAAUGAUCGUGAAGUCAACCCCCAGGAACUUGACCCGCGCUUUGCACAAGUCCACAAGCUACGAGGCUAGUCCGACUAUCUUGCAGAAGUGGAAGCAGAUUGAAGUUGAUCGUCAAUGCAUCAAAGUGACCUCAAAAGGUACGGUUACAAGUCCAGUUACAGAGGAUCUGAGCGUUAAACUGAGUCCCGUCCAAGAACGGGACUGUCAACCCUGCAGCUGUUCUGUAUCCAAGGACCGAUUGCAGGAUCUUCAGUGCAUUUGUGGUUCAAGUGCAAAUAAGUCAAGGAGUCGAAAGGAUAAGCCCAUACUCUAUAAUAAACGACGGCUUAUAUUUGAUCAAUAUAACAAAGUGGAAGAAAAAACGCAAGUUGCAGCUCAGAUCAAAACAAUUGGAGAUACUUCAACCCCUGAAGCAAGUAAGGAACUCUGUGAACUGUCAGAAAUGUGUCCACCAAUGCUUGACUGUAAGGCUGGACAUUGCAAUCAAGGUACUGUAGACCCGGAUCAUAAUAUAAUGACGAAUGAGCCUACCAUAAUGAGCUGUGCACUUAACAGACCUACCUCAAGAAGGGGCAAAAAGAGAAGCCAGAAAACCAAACACAUGGAGGAAACUCUACAGACGAAAAUAUCCCGGACAGACAGCUGCAAUGCCUGUGACAGACUUAAUGAUCUGAUUGUCCAGAGAAUGAGUCAGGAAAAGGAGGACAGAGAAUUGGCUCUAAAGCUUCAAAGACAGUUUGACAGAGAGUGUAAAAAAGUGGACCGACAUAAAACAAGUCGGAACAAAUAUGAACUCCGGUCCUGGGGUUCAAAAGAUGGGAUAGUUGGAUACAACACACGCAGAUCAGGGAGAAUCUCCAAACGAAAUGAGCACUUUAACUAUACCUGUUAAAGGGACCUACGGUUAUGGUCAUAUUUUAUUGUAGUGUUUCGUCACAGUCAUGAGUAUUUUCUUUGUUUGGGCACUACAGAGGCUUUCUAACGUCUGUAUAAGUAUUGCAAGACAAGGUAUUUACUUUUUUGACUUGUCAUUUAGUAGAUGGGCUUCAUCCAAAGCAACUUUCGUCAAUCAAGUCCACCUAGAGCAACCCAGGGUUAAGUGCCUUUACUUUAAGGCACAGUGGUUAUAGGGCAGGAUUGAGCAAGUUUCCCAAUCACAUGGAUCUGGACUAAAAGCUGCAGUGUUUCGUUUCCAGCUCGGUAACUGUUUAUCAGGCUUCGACUACUCAAAAAGAAAGGAACUAUGUUAUUUGGGAAGUACAGAACUAUAUACGCCAUAAGAAAUCUGUAAGUCAAGCCAGGACAUAGUACUUACAAUCUUCCUGCUCAUCACAAUCACUUUUUAUUUUGGAUGUUUUAAAUUUAUCAUAGGACAAUUGUUACAAAACAUUUUGAACGGAUGUUUUUAAUUGUGACAUAAGCCUUCGUUUGCUUGUUUCUUCAUUUCUUGUUUCCAGUCCUUGGGAUGUAUUCUUGAUUUACCCAUCGAUCAAUCCGUUUUCUUUCUUUUUAUUUGACGAAAUUUGUGGGAGAAGAGUAAUAUUGUAGCCUUAGGCCAGAAAACCACUCUACACAAGUACAAGGAUGCAAAUGCUAGGUCAACAGUUUGCAAGAAAACAGUCUCAUAGGUAAACUGAUUCCUGCAUUCUUGUUGUACCAUGGCGGAAGUAAACCUCAGUAGUGAUAGGAUUGCCUUUAAAUCUUUGUGCCAUUAAUCAGAAUUGUAUUAUUUAUUUACGUUUUACUUAGCAGUAAAUGUGUUUAACAUUUAAAGAUUUGAUUCAAUCAAACUGAACAUUGUUAUUAAUCACUCACCCUCAUAUUGGUCCAAACCUCUGAUACCUUUGUUCGAGACACAAAUUGAGGUAUUUUAGAUGGAAUCAGAACUCCCUCAUCCUCCAUAUUCAGCAAUAGUCACAAGACUAUAAAAUAUACCAAAAACAUCCUCAAAACAGACCUUUCAGUGGUUCAAACAGAAUAUUAUAAGCUAUGAGAAUCCUGCGCACAUGAAUAAAAAUAGCUUUAUUCAGCCAUUUUCAGUGUAGAGCACAUAUACAUGAGAGCGAUUUGCACUGUAUACGUAUUAAUAUUUUUGAUGUGCGCACAAAAGGAAUACCGUAGCUUCUUUCAUAGACUGAUUAAUCCACUGAAGGCAUAUAGUUUAUUUCGAGGAUGAUUUUCUUCUGGACUUUGAACAAGCUGGGAUUGUUGAUGUCUAUGGAGGAUGAAGGAGCUCUCCGAUUUCAUGUAAAAUAUCUUUAUUUGUAUUCCGAACUUCAGACAAACAGGUCUCAGGAGACGGACAUAUGGGUGAGUAGUUAAUUGCCAUCAUUUUAAUUUCUAGAAUCGACCCUUUCAAGAUAAACCUUAAUGAACAAUAUUGCGACACGCAGGAUUCACUUCACUGUACUUCUCAUUUAUUUCGAUAUUAUCUGCAAGCAGAGAUAAUUUAACGAUGUCAAAGCAAUUAUUUGAUUGGUUUACGAGGUAACUGUUAUGCUUUGCAUCACUAUUUGUUGCUGUAUUUACUAAAUGGGUGCAGGAAAAGAAAAUACCCAAGACGGUAAUAAGUAGUUCACCAGGGAAACAGAGAACUUGUACAUGAUGGUUAAUGCUAAUGACUGCUAUAUCGCCCCUUGUGGCAUUGACAUUGAAUUUUAUGUAUUGCAUCAUGUGAAUGAAUUUUUUUAAUAGCAGGUAUUUGCGUUCACUAGUUUGUGUAUAGUAUGUUUGGGGCCUAACUGUACAUGUUUUACAUUGUUAAUUCAAUUGCUAUAGAGUUUUGAAUGACAACUCUAAGAGAUGUUAGGCAACAAUAUUAACGUAGUUGAGAUUUCUGAUGAAAUCGGCUUUAUUUGUCGUUUUAUUUAAACUCUCCAACCUUAAUCUAAAUAAAUUAGCAUAAAUCUGAUUCAAAUUUGAUAGGCAAACAAACAUAUUUAGAGACUUCUGUAAAAGAUUUGCAUGUAACGCCACUAGAGAAAACCUAGCAUGCUUCAUUUGGCAACAAGAUUCUAAAGAUAUCGUUUUUAUUUUUCUGUCAUUGUAUUUUCAGAGUAUAUGUCAAAUUUAGAUUGAUGUUGACUUAAUUGUAAGACACUACUCUUAAGGGCUACUUCAUUUCAGGACUUUGUUUACUAGAGAGAUCUAUUUUGCGACUUGCGUUUGCCAAGAAAGCUUUAAUCAUCUUAUAUUUGCUGAAAAAAAAUAAUACCCAGUUGGACCACGUGUUUAUGUGCAUGCAUUUAAUUUCGCCGCCUUUUACCUUGAUCCUAUUCGUUCUUUUAUUACAGAUUAUUACAUCCUGUAAAUUUCUUGGUAAUGUGCCAACAAUUUCCUGUAGGUAAUUUAAGUUUUACACAACUCUGUAGGUUACAGGACGUACUAUUGGACACGAUGAAAGAUUUUUAUGCAUUACUGUACUAUUUUGGAAAUCCGACUCGGCUGUAUUGAUACUGAUGCAAAGACGAUAUCGCAGAUUGUUUCUGACCGGCUUUCAAAGCACUUGGAUUGUCUUCCAUUGUUGAAAGGUAUUGCUGGAUUUAAAAUAUGUUUGAAUUCAGUGGAGAUGUAAAGCACACAUUAUAUUUAUUAUAUUGUUAAAACUAUUUUCAUGUUUCAUGUUUUUAAAAUUUUGCCUUUUUCAAAUUCACGUCACCAGAACACUGAGCAUUUCUAGCUGAUGUGACAGGAAUUAAAUGUAGCAUCCAUAAAUAAGAGUACUUUUUGCGUUUGUAAUGAAUAUUUAAAGAUUUGUUUUCGACACAUCUCAUUAGAUGCUCAGGAGAGUAACAGUUUCAGUCAUUAAGCAUAUAUGCCUUGCUUUCUAAUGACGGACAUUUACUCUAUCAUCGACUUUUGUAUUGAUUUAAUUGCCAGUCUUUCUUUCCAUCUCUGUCAUGUUUACCUUGAAGGAAUUAUCUGAAGAAAAACAAGAUGAAAACAAUUAAUAAACGAUUAUGACAUCUAACUA